CGUUACCGGAAGUACCACAUCUGUUAAGAUGGCGACUCCCUAUGUAACGGAUGAGUCUGGAAAGUAUAUUGCUGCUACACAGCGUCCAGAUGGGACAUGGAGGAAACCUCGGCGAGUGAAGGAUGGAUAUGUACCUCAGGAGGAGGUGCCUGUCUACGAGAAUAAAUAUGUGAAGUUUUUUAAGAGUAAACCUGAUCUCCCUCCUGGAAUGAAUCCAGAGGACGCGGCUGCAGCCAAGCAGCAGCAGCAGGCGGCAGUGAAAGCGGACAAGGAGUGCGAGACAGCCGGCUUGUCCAAAGCGGCCAAACGCAACAUGAAACGCAAAGAGAAACGCAAGCAGCAGCAUGCUCAGGGUCAACAGGAAGUGAACAAGGAGGAGGUAGAGACGGUAACGAAAGAGUUGGAGAAGGUUUCGUUCGCAGCUGAAGAGCAGAACAACACGAGCGCCUCCACAGAGCUGUCCGCUGCUAGCACAGACAAAGCCAAGAAGAUCAAGAACCUGCGGAAGAAGCUUCGCCAAGUGGAGGAGCUGCAGCAGAAAGUGGACUCGGGAGAGCUGCCGAACCCUUCCAAGGAUCAGUUGGAAAAACUGGGACGGGCUCAAGCCUUACGGGAGGAGCUGAGGCAGCUGGAGGCAGAUUUGUAAAGCAAGAUGGUGUAUUACAAGCAGAGUGGGCCAUGGUGUAGUGUUUUUCUUUCUGUAUAUAUAUAUUUUUUUCAGAAUUUAGGAUAGAUCUUCAUUGAUUCCCAUUGGUGUAAUUCCAGUUUUGUGAAGCCCCAUCCUACAGCCUUGUUCCUUUCUCUUCUGCCAAUCUGUGAUACAGGGAUAUUUAAAACAAGUUUAUUUUUUAAACGUAAUCGUGCAGUUAGUGCUCCUCACCCCCACCCAUAAAAACAGUGCUAAUAAUGAUUUUUGUGUAAAGUUUAGUUACAAAUGACACUUAUGCACUCCUGUGGUAUGGACUUUGUCAAAAUGGACGUUGGUAUAGCUUAGAGGAGGGAGGAAGCCUUCGUUUUUCUCAUUAGGAAUUGUGCCUCUGGAUAUGGACAUGUCAUGGUGGGAUUCUUCCGUGACGCUGCGCAUUGUUGACACUACCUUUUUCCUGAUAAUACAGACUGAACAAGAGAACGAACUGAACACCGAGCCACUCUGAGGACACAGCGCAAGGACUUGAAUGGCUGCAGUUUUUUUUUCUUGUUUGAACAUUUGUGACUUUAAUACCGAUCGUAACAAUGUAAAGCAUGUUGUACAGUGCUGUGAAAAAGUAUUUGCCUUAUCCUGAUUUGUUCUGUUUUUGUGUACAUCUCCUACUAAAUAGUUUUACAUCUUCAAACGAAAUACAACUUAAAACAAAGGUAACCUGAGUUAACACGCACUACAGUUUUUGUUUUUAUUGAAACAAAAAUGUGAAAAACUAAUUGCCACUUUAAACUUAAAAGUGGCACAACCAGAUUUUAGGAGCAAUAAUUGCAACCAAAUGCUUCUGAUAACUGGAGAUCAGACUUUUCACAUACUUGUAGGACUAGGAUUUACUCCAGUUGCGCUUGAGUUUCAAUUUACGAAAUGAAGACUGGACAUUCUCCUUUAGGAUUUUCUGGUAGAGAACAGAAUUCAUUUUUUCCUCAAUGAUUGCAAGUUUCCCAGGCCCUGAAGCAGCACAGAAUCCCCACACCAUCACACUUCCACCACUAUGUUCUACCAUAGGUAUUCUGUGGAAUCCUGACCUGUGUUUGGUUUACGCCACGUGUAAUAUGACACCUGUCUUCCAAACAGUUCCACUUUCGACUCCUCAGUCCACAGAACAUUCUCCCAAAAGGUUUGAGGAUCAUCAGGAUGUGUUUUGGCAAAAUUCAGACGAGCCUUAAUGUUGUUCUUGGUUAGCAGUGUUUUUUGUUUUGCCACACUCCCUCCACUUUCUGAUAGUGGAGUCAUGAACAGUGAUGUUUACUGGUGCAAGAGAGGCCUGUAGUUCCUUUGAUAUUGUCCUUGGCUCUUUUGUGACUUCUUGGAUGAGUCGUUGCUGUGUUCUUGGAGGAAUUUUGGACGGUUGGCCACUUCUGGGAAGGUUCACUACUGUGAGUUUUUCCAUUUGGAGAAAAUGGCUCUUGCUGUGGUUCUUUGGAGUCCCAGAGCCUUUGAAAUAGCUUUGUAACUCUUCCCAGACUAAUGUGUUUCAAUCACCUUCUUCCUUAUCAUUUCUUUUAAUUGUGGCAUAGUGUGUUACUGGGUAAAACUUUUAACCAACUUCAUGCUGUUGAAAAAAUUCUAUUUAAGUAUAGAUUUGAUUGAACAGGGUUUGCAGUAAUCAGGCCUGGUUGCCUUUAGUAACUAGAGAGGCAAAUACAUUUUCACACUGGCUCAGUUUUUUUUUUGUUUCAGUAAAUAACUGUCAUUUAAAAACUGUAUUUUGUGCCUUUGUUUUAUCCUACUUUUUUAUUUAUUUAUUUCUGAAACAAUUUAAUGAGAUAUACACAAAAACAGAAGAGAUAAGGCAAAUACUUUUUCACAGCACUGUACCUCCAAAGGUUACUUCAAAAACCUGUAUGGAUUGGCAAUUGGUGGAGUGGAUAAGAACGACAGUAUUUAAGUUGUCAGCCAUGUCAUUUCUUUCUUUCAGAAGUCCUUUUUAUUAUGUGUGUUUUUUUAUUGUAGUAGUUGUCAAGUAUUAAGCAGUGUUGUUGUAUUACAUUAAAGUAUGAAAGACAUCCA